CCUACACAAAACACAUGAAAACGCAUCAAAAUAACAACAACCCUUUGAGUUAUCAAGCAGAUAAAUAAGCUAAAGAGGGUUAAAUCUCAAAUAGAUUAUGAAUUGUUCAAGCCUAUUUAGAGCUCGAUUAUGGAAGAUUGAUUGUAUAUCAUUUUAUGACUAUUAAUUUCAAUAAAUCACAUCUUUGGUGUGUAUCUAAUUGGUGAUGCUUAGAUCAAACUGGAUUGACUAUUACGUAAUUAAGUGAUUAGAUUCAAGUUUCUUUGGAUUUUUAUUGGUAACAGCAGAUAUUUUAUAUAUAUCUUCACAUAAUAUAAUCUUGCCCAAGAAUAUGUUAUGCCUGAGACAUGAAAUGAAAGACAACAAGUCCAAGGAAGCUAAGAAUAAGGCGCAAAAGAAAGACCAACAAGCGUCAAUAAGAAACGGCUUAAGAGCAGGAACUUUGGUUUCGUGGCCUUUUUAAAGUUUGUAGCUUGGAGUCGGAGGGAAAUUAAUCAGUUUGUUUUUUGGGUAACAGCAAAUUAAUCAGUUUUUAUCAGAUCGGGAUCGGGCACCUGGGCUGGGCUUUUGUCGAUCCUGACGUGGCAAUAUCACUGGCACCGACAAAAGCAUAAUAAUAUUUUAAUGAUAACUAUAAACUUCCUCUCUCUCUUUCCUCCGCCUGAUGAGUACUCGUUUUGGUGAGAAAUGAAAUGAUCGAAGGAUUUAAAUUUCAUCGAUUGCUAUUGGUAUGCGGGGUGCUACUAGCCGUUACGACGCGGUCUCACGGAGAAGAAUCGUCGACAUGCUUGACGCUGUACAAAGAAGGAGGUGCUCCGGCGGUGUUUCAAUCCCCAAAAUGUCCUCGCUGGAAGCUUUCCAGUUACGCUUCCCGUUCUCCAAGCACCGCGCGUUGUCAAUCCGCCAUGCUUCAAGGACGAAGAAAAUCCCAGGAGGAUCGCACUCUCUGUGUUCUCGACCUCACCGUUCCUUUCCCUGGUAAAGUGGGGAUUAAGGAGGUUACGGUUGGAGUUGUGGCUGUUUUUGAUGGUCAUGGUGGUGCAGAAGCUAGUGAGAUGGCAUCGAAGCUCUUGUUGGAGUAUUUGAUUUUACACACUUAUUUCCUUCUGGAUGCAACAUAUUCUUCUGUAUUGAAGAAAUCCACAGGAAGACUGCAUAAUAGUAGAGAACAUCAUUCUUUGUUUCAAGUUAUUAAUUGGGAUGAAGUACUAGGUCGUUAUGAGUUGGACAGUGGAAGGUUUAAGCAUUCACUGCCAGCCAAUUUUGAUGAUUCUUUUUACUUGGAAAUUUUAAAGGAAGCUUUGUUGAGGGCAUUGCAUGACAUUGAUGCGACAUUUUCAAAGGAAGCAUAUAGAAAAAAUAUAGAGUCGGGUUCUACUGCCACAGUUAUAUUACUAGCAGAUGGGCAAAUUUUAGUCGCGAAUAUCGGAGAUUCAAAGGCAUUUUUGUGUUCUGAAAAAUUCCACUCUCCUGCAGAGGCUAAAGCCACCUAUUUGAGGUUAUAUAAACGGGAAAGACGUAAUGGUGCUAUUUCACGUGUAAGAAAUGAUGAUAACUUUAAAUUGGCUUCCACCACUGGACUGGUGCAUCUUUCUGUGAAGGAAUUAACAAGCGAUCAUCAUCCCAAUAGAGAUGAUGAAAGACUUAGGGUAGAAAAUGCUGGUGGUUAUGUUCUUGAAUGGGGUGGUGUGCCUCGAGUAAAUGGUCGGCUGGCUAUUUCUCGGGCUAUUGGUGAUGUAUCCUUUAAAAGGUAUGGUGUUAUAUCUGCUCCAGAAUUGACAGAUUGGCAACCACUGACUGCCAAUGAUAGCUAUCUGGUGGCUGCAUCCGAUGGAGUUUUUGAGAAGUUGAGCUUGCAAGAUGUUUGUGAUUUAUUGUGGGAAGUUCAUGAACAUAGUCCCCAAAGAUUGCGUCUCUCUUCUUCAUGUUCAUAUUCAUUAGCUAAUUGCAUUGUAAAUGCUGCUUUUGAAGAGGGCAGUAUGGAUAACAUGGCAGCUGUUGUGGUUCCAUUCGUUCCUUCUGGUUUCUCUGAGAACUUGUGGAAGGAUAGAUUAAUUCAAGAAGGAGACCUAAGUUGUCCUGUAAUAGGGUUACAGAAGUCAACCUAUGAAUUUUCAGCUAAUGAUGUCAUGUCUGAUAUUGUUCAAGCGGAGCAUGCUCAUCCAGUUAUGACCAAGUUUGACAGGUUAUUGGUGGAAGGGAAACAUGGCUAUAUUGGAUGUUUUUAUUUAUCUGAGAACCUUAGUGAACAUACAGAUUACAUAUUUCAAGCUCAAAUGGUUGAACAUGGCCUACCUAAGGCUCUUCCUGUGGCCCUUGACCAACAUUUUGGUGGACCUUUAAACUUGUACCAUGACCACAGUUUGUGCAUGGACCUUGGAAUGACUGUAGAUGGUGAUAAAAAUCAGUGCAUAAGUGCUGAAGGGUUUGCUAGUUUCCUUGGUAUGCUUCAAUCAAUUCCUUUCCAUGGUGCUGGUUCUGAUAAUGGUUCAUUUGAGUAUGCAAUGCCGGACCUAAGGUAUGUUCUAAAGAAGAAAUUUGGUCGUGGAUCAUAUGGUGAGGUUUGGCUAGCUUUUCAUUGGAACUGUUUUCAAGGCAGCAACUCUUCAGAUUGGAGUGGGAAAAACAAGAAUAUCUCAUUUAAUUCUAUUCAUUUUGACACAAACAUGUGGAAUAAUAGCUCCUUUACUCAAAAUUAUCACGAUGAUCCUCUUAGUGACAACUUGUUCAUUUUGAAACGCAUAAUGGUGGAGAGAGGAGCUGCUGUUUAUUUGAGCGGUCUACGUGAAAAGUAUUUUGGAGAAGUUUUUCUUAAUGCUUCUAAGUGUCUUGGUGGUUUUCUAUCAGCCGAAACAUCAACCUCCGUCCUGAAAAAAUCACAUUUAGGCUUCAAGCACCUGUUAGAUUCGAAUGAUAGAACGGUCCAUGAAACAGAAGACAGUUGGAGUUCUCCAAAUAAAACCCCAAACGAAUUUAAACCACAGAAUGCUUUCUCUGAAGAAGGUCUGAAUCAUAUAGCUAGAUAUGUGGAGUCUUUUGAAUCCAGAUCUAAUGAAAUAUGGCUUGUAUUUCAUUAUGAGGGUGUGUCCUUGUCAAAGAUUAUGUAUACUGUGGAAGAAGUUGAUACUAACGCUGAUGAAGAAAGGGCUGAGAAAGUGAAGCAUGUCCACAUGUUGCAUCCAUCAAAUUGGUGGCAUUGGUUGAAGACGACAGAGGCAGGAAAGGAGGAAAUGCGAAGUCUUAUAUGGCAGUUGUUGAUAGCCUUAAAGUCCUGUCAUGAUCGCAAUAUCACCCACAGAGAUAUAAAACCUGAGAACAUGGUGAUAUGCUUUGAAGAUCACGAAACAGGGAGAUGCUUAAAAGGAAUUCCGAAUGGAGACAAGAACUUCACCACAAAAAUGCGCAUUAUUGACUUCGGAAGCGCAAUAGAUGAGUUCACAAUGAAGCAUUUGUAUGGUUCAACUGGACCUUCUAGAGCUGAACAAACUAAUGAGUAUACUCCUCCUGAAGCUUUACUUCAUGCUAGUUGGUAUCAGGGGCCAAUAAGCAGAACUUUAAAGUAUGAUAUGUGGAGUGUUGGUGUUGUGAUCUUAGAGUUGAUUUUAGGAUCACCAAAUGCUUUUCAGAUUAGUGCUUACACUCGUGCUCUUUUAGACCAGCAGCUAGACGGUUGGAGUGAAGGCUUGAAGGAGCUUGCGCAUAAACUUAGGUCAUUUAUGGAGUUGUGUAUCUUAGUCCCUGGGGUUUACUCAAGACAUCACCGCACCAUGGGCCAAGUUGGAGUAUCACCUGCUUCCUGGAAAUGCUCAGAAGAGUUCUUUUCCAUCCAAAUUAAGAGCAGAGAUCCCCUUAAACUUGGGUUUCCAAAUGUUUGGCUUUUGCGGUUGGUGCGCCAUCUUUUACAUUGGGACCCUGAGGAGAGAUUGAGUGUGGAUGAAGCUUUGCAGCAUCCUUAUUUCCAGCCUUCUCCAAAAGGAUGAAUUGUUCAGCCAGUUCCUUUGUCUAUAGUUCCAUGUCAAUUUAGCACUAACAGAAGGAAUUCAAAUAGUUUAGAAUUGAGAAGUUUUUCUGACACAAAUUUUAAGAACCAAAAUACUAAUUACAGGUAAGACUGUAGGGGAUGUGGUAUUUUACAUGUUCCUGGUGUAUCUUGCGGCAGAAAUUGUCUGAAGCCAGUCUGCAUGGAAGUGGUUUUGAUAGAAGAUCAACAUUAUUUGAAAUUGUAACAUUGCUUUUUUGUUUUGAAGAACUAAAUUGUAACAUUACUUGUGGGCGGAUGAGUAGUUGGUGUAUAAAAUAGUUCGGCAAUUGUAGUUUGUAUAUUAAUUUGUGAAAUUUUUGUCA